UCCAAUGCCAUAUCUAUAUAGAACAAAUGCAAUAUGAUCCAAUCACAAGAGACUGCCAAAUCCUGAUUAUUCUAAGCAAUUUACAAACUUUUUUUCUUACCACCCUACAUAUUAUAAAUUUAAAUAAGUGUGAUUUGUAUCAAUAAAAAAACUGUUUCUGCAGUUCUUUGCUUUUUAACAAUUUCACUUCAGUUAAAGAUGAGAUUACAUACAAAAUAUGUACAGAAAUUAAUGUAGAUUAAUAAUUUUCUUUACUGUAUUGUAUAAUUUAUCCACAAUUUACAUAAACACAUUGAAUUAAUUUAUUUUUCAUUCAAAGUUUCAGCAACAGUUUCUUGCUGUUUUGCUGUAAUGAAGAUAUUUAUUAUCCUAUAAACAUUGUACUUGUGCUGGUUCUAUAAGCCUUGCAAAUGUUAAAGAUCGGGAAUGUAUUUAUAACAUGAGGAAUUUUGGGAAAGUCUUGGGAGCAAAGUAGUUCUUAUGGUCCAGAUGGUCUUACUGUGUGUAAGGUCUCUCCCUUGAACAAAGAGAGAUCAAACACCAUGGCUAAUGUGAUGUGUAACAAGACACACUUCUAUUGUCCCCUUAUUGGGGGCAGUGAAUAAACGGACUGUGGGAAAGAGAAGACCAGCCCUCUCACACAGAACUCCUGGGAAUCUCACUACCACCCUGCCUCUGUAACAGUGAUUCCCAUACCACACAGUAUGUGAUUCAGUAGUACAUGCAUGUGCACAAUAUUCAUGGUCAUAGACCUGCUUAAGGGGGAAAAAAAUAUAAAAAACAACAUGAAAUUAAUUUGAACAUAAAAUUCUGAUAAUCCCUAAAGAAUCAAGAUGAAAACCUCCUAAUGUACAUAAAAAUCAGAAUUCUGUAUCCAGUACAAUGUAAUAUAGAAUUAACUAUGAAAAUUGUGCUAUGUUGAAAGUAAAAUCACAAUUACGUGACAAGUAAUGAAAACACUUAUUUUUGCCAGAGUAACUUUGUCUACCACUUGAUCACUUGUUUGUUGCCAAACAAUCAGCCAUUUACCAAGCCUAAUAGACCUCUCAGUACACUAGUUUUUGAAUUCAACAGAUUGCAUGUUAUCCUUGCAUUACAAGAGCCCAACACGUCCCAAACCAUAAUGCUGUCCUAAUGCAUUACUGUAUUGUUUAUGACAAGAAAUCCAUACUGUGUAGAAUAGCCUUCAUGUGAGCAUAUAUUAUUGCUAUUACAUCGGUAUGUGAAUCUUUACUACUGAGUAUUUAUUGAACAGUAUUAGGAGGUUCUUAGCUUUGAUCCAUCGGUCUGCGCGGCGUAGGCAGCGUGCCCCGUGCUUUCCCACACUCGACCAGCCAACCACCCUGCCACUUCAGCGAGACAAUAGCAGGCAUCAGUCACGCCUUGGGAACAGAGUCUGCGUGUAUGGGCCGGUUGUGAGAAGCGUGGGAGACACAUGCACUAAUUAGGCAGUAAAAGUGUGAACAGCUAACCAGACCGAUCUCCAAACACGUGUCUAAUGCUCUUUCGAGACGUUGUCAAAUAAACUCACUCAAACACAAAAUAUAAUGUGCGUGAUUUAGGCUAUUCUUCCGAAUAUAGCUGCAUCAAACUGCACGGGUCUAGACUAUUAUUACGUGCCAAAUCCUAAUUUGUUUCUUUAACUGCCUUUCAGUCCGGAACUGUUCGGAAACUGCCACGUGGACGCAUCCAGCUUUUUGAUAAUUACCGUGAGCAUUUUGUCACCUUUGUAACCAAGCCAAAGUUGUUAAAAGCAAACCAAAAGGUAGCGGGUUAUUUGUUUAGAGCGACGCUCCGAGCCUCUUUGAUGUGUGCGCUUCCUCCACGUGCCAUUAUUAGACCUUUGUGUUAGUGUCAGGCUCCUGUACAUGUUAACGUGAAUUCAUGUGAGUGAAGGCUUACUCUGUGUAAUCCAAGUCAUUUAAAUGAAUUAAGCUUCGGUUAACUGUGGAUACCAGUUGUGUUGAGUUUCUGGAAGUAUGCACAACCUAAACUCAAAAAUAAAUGAAUAGCUGUGUAUUUUAGGUUUAUUUUCAAAUUCUAUAAAAUAGGCAUUUGCUGUAUACAGACAUCAAAAUCUAGAAGUGUUUAAAAUAUAAUCAUGGAAAAUAAAAUGGCAAAAUGUCCGUUCUAAAAUUGUGCCACGCCUCGUGAGAAAUUUCUCAUACAAUAAAAAUGGCAUGUCUUCUGAUACCUUGGGAAACUUUCUCCUGAAAGAAGUCAUGACCAGUUAGCUAUAAAAUGAAUGUCUCCUAUUGUUGCAAUGAGCCAACCCUCUGGGCCCUGAGUGUGGGAAAAGCAAUACAGCACAAGCCACAUGGCUUUGUAAUGCAAAUGACUGCCUAUAAAUAUGGCAGUCUGUUCCUCACUGAGACCCACAACCCACUUGACAGCCCAGGAAAACCGAGAACAUGGCUCCACACACAGCUACUCUCUCCACCUUUGACCACCUGAGAUUCAGCGACAAAGACAAACUUAAGAUGAGGAAACCCAUCAUAGAGAAGAUGCGUCGAGACCGCAUCAACAGCAGCAUUGAUCAACUCAAGAAACUGUUGGAGAAGGAGGUGCGCAGCCAAAACUCCAGCGCCAAGCUAGAGAAGGCCGACGUUCUGGAGAUGACCGUCAGCUUCCUGAAACAGUGGCAGGGGCUCCCAGCGGCGCUGGUUUCGAGGGACUAUGAUGAAGGAUACUCGCGCUGCUGGAGGGAGUCCCUACAGUUCCACAAUGUCCACUCCAGCAGAGGACAAUCCACUCAGGAGCUACAGCAAUGUCACCAACCCCAGCCAAGUAGCACAGUGCUCUGCUGCAGCCUUCCUCCACCCAGCUCCAAACGGUGCCCCGCAACACAGCCACAGCCUGGCAGCCAUCUCUGGAGGCCCUGGUAGAGGCAAGAACGAUGGACAUUUAUAAACCUGAGGAGCAAUGAUGUUCAUGUGCCUCACUAAAGUAGGAGAUAUUUAUUUCCAGAAUUAAAGCUUGGCGUGUUUUGUCAUCAUAUUGAUGGCAAAGGCUUGAGAUUAACUUUUUUUCCCCGUUCGCUGAGAGGGAAGCUUUAAUUAUGACUGUGGCCUUAUUAGUUAUGUAAUAAUGGCAUUUACUGUGAUGUUUAACAUGUAAUUUAUUAUAGUUGUUUUUACUUUGGUUACAGCAAAUGAUGUGUACACAUUUUGUGUGAUGCGUAUGUAACUGCAGUUGACUCCAGUGGAGUAUAUAUGUUUUGCAUAUAAGAUCUAUGAAUUUGUAUUGUAUUUAAAAGUCUUCCAAAGUAUAUUGGUCUUUUUGUUGAGUUCAUUUGUUAAAUUAGGAUGAAGGAAACCUAUUAACUAGUCCAUUGUGGAAGUGGUACUGUGAUUGAAUUUGUGUAAACAAGCUCUUAUUCUUUCUCAUAAAAUUUUGUUUUAUAAUAUUCAAUGUCUCACAAUUACACAUAUCUGAAAGUUGCUAAUGAACUAUUUUUCAACCAGAAACAUUAAAUAAAGAAUAAAUAAAUAA